AUGAACGACCCCAGCCACAAAGCCAUGCUCUACUUCCUCGAAGUCCUUAUGAAUUCCGAGGUCCCACUGACGGUGGAGCAAUUAGCAGCUAGGUUUUCGAACAAGUCCUUCUCUAACGAAAUGAAAGAGGCCUGUGGAGGUGGAAGCGUUGAUGCCUUGAAAGAAUUCCUCCUUAAAUAUCCCUCUCUUUUCACUGUUAAGCCAACAGGCUUGGUGAGCGCCGUGGCUAUUGAAAUGCCGGGUUUCGAUGAGAUGUCUGAGAGUAGUAUUGACGUGGAUUGCCUCUCACUAAACCGAAACCCACAAAAUACUACUACCACUGUAUCAUCAUCCUGUCGCUUGGAUCAGAGGGCUGUAAGCAAAUCUUCAAACGAAACUAAUGAGAACCCGACGCCCAGCACGCAACUAGCACCACUGAAGUCAUCCCUUAAAAAUUCCACCAAUGGAGGCAACAACAACAAUGAGGCGAAGCCAGUCGGAAUUUAUCAACCACCGAUCUUGAGAGCUCAAGCAGCAGUAGCUUCCGCAGCAACCCAAAAUAGGAGCUCUCACAUCUGCGAUAUGUGUUCAAUUGCAGCUCACGUGGCAACUACGGCGACGACAACUGUCGUUCACUGUCCAUUCGCCGAUCUUAAUUGCUUAGGACAUCACCACCAUCACCAUGGGCAAAGGUUUAAUCAACUUCCCAAACACUCUCACACAGCCACGAGCUAUUGCUGCUGCUCAGCUGAUCUCGUCUCACCCUACUGCCGCCCAUCAGGCAAAGGCGUCACUUGUUCACAAGUGACGAGCUUUACUUUAGAGGCGGAAGCGGUGAAGUUUUUCCAGCAACGUCUCAGUCGCAAAGAGGAACGUUGGAUCCCCAUUAAAAGCCUAGCAGGCCACCUUUCGCAAGCCUCCGCGGAGGUCCGCUCGAUCGUAGGUCCGCAGUUGGAGUUUCGCCGCUUCCUGCUGAAGCAUCCGCAUGUAUUUGAGGUACAAGGCGAUCUUGUUGGCCUCAAAGAUCCGUUCAUUGCCACCUGUUUAUCGUCAAGGCGGCCAAAAUCUUUCGGAGGCAGCAGUCUCAAUAGUCAAUCAUCAUCCAGCCUCUCAACGCUCAAUCUUCGUGGGGCCACUGGACUGGGUGGUGUAACCAAUUCACAAAAUGUUUUGCGGCCCAAAUCGCUCAUCAUGCUAUCUCAGGCAUCAUCAACUGCCGUUUCAGCACCUAUACCCCGACGUCUGGGGAAUGUGCCUACUGGUUCUGAGCGCUUUCUUCUUGGACGGGAUCUGGAAAGCUUCACCGUUUCAGCACCCAACACGCCAAACUCACAACAAAAUCGAAACGGCUCGUCGAGUGUUCGUCCACGACCUAAUGGAAGUAUGCAGAAUUUUGCCCACUACAAUAGUCAACAAAACGAUGCUGUUAGUUCGUCAGCCCGUCAGCCACCUAGGCGAAAUCGUGGUCAGGAAGUGGAUGCAACCACCAGCACAAGCGGAAGCAUUUGCAUUCGAAUGAGUGCCAAUGAGUACCGCGCAAUCAUGUUUCUACGAAAGGUUUUGGCAAAGAAGGGUGGAGCACCGGGACAAGCAGGUCUCUCUUACAUGCAACUGAUGCAAAUCUUAUCUGCAAAGGCGCCUGAAACUGUUCAAAGCGCAAUUGGAUGGACAAAGGUUGAACUGGAGGAGUUUAUUCUUCAGCAUCCGAUUUUCUUCGAAGUGCAUGCUUGCACCGAUGCGAAUAAGACGCAUUCUGGAAAUAAUGUAACUUGGGCGAGAGUGGAAACAAGCGAACAAUCGGCAACUCUUGUGACGAACCGACGCGUACUCAAAAUGAUUAACAUUGUCAUCACAGGGAAUGAAUCUCUGGACUCGGGUAUCCGUACGAUGACGAACCGAUGCGGUCGCGUCUUCCACGUAGCCAAGCUGUGGGGCAUCAUUGAUUUGGGCAAACACGAGCACGUUUUCUUUGACAAGUCGAUUCUAAAGUAUGUGGACGACCUCCAAAAGCACUUCAAAGUAAACGAAACCCUCUAUUUCAACGCAAUCCUUGCUCCAAAGGAGUCGCGUGCAAAGUGGAGGGCUACCCAGGUAUGGAAGGAGUGCGAUAAGGAGAUAAUGGAGAAGUUUGGUGGCAGCGCCUUUACUGACCGCAGCGGGGGACGCACCGCUACUUUACUUUCCGUCGUCGGAAGGGAGGAGGAGGGCGGAAAGAGUAAUACCACCGUUGCCGACUCUGACUCCUCCGACUACGGUUUAGCGGAGGAGGAAGAGGUGGAGGGGGAACUCGGUGAGACCCCUGGAACUACUCGUGCCGAAGGACUGAAUCCAACCAAUGACAUCAAUUUCCUCUCUGACGAUGUAGAGGCCGAGUUGGAGCGUAUUUUAGGCCCAAAUCAGGAACUCACUACAGCUGAUACCACUAACAGCCUCCCUAACGCAAGUAAUCGAGUUCCCAACGAUGUGUCGGAUGAGGAUACCAGCAUCACUGGAUGUAUCGAGGACAUAAGUGUCAAUUUCUCUGAUGCUGGAAGUCUCUCGGAAAGGUAUUCACAAUGUGUCACCUCGACGACACGGGAGGAAAAGAAAUCAAUGUAUGCUGCUGACUCGCCACUCGGUGAGCGCUUAUCGAUAGCUGUUCAGACCCUCUCAACAGGAGACAUAAUGGCAACGCAGAUUUUCCAUGACAUGACCUAA